AUGUCUAGACUGAGACCUUCACUCUUGCAAAAGUUGGGCAUCAAAUAUCCAAUCAUACAGUCUCCCAUGGCAGGAGUACUGACACCUGCUAUGGCAGCAUCAGUGACCAAUACCGGAGGGUUGGGCUCGCUUCCCAUUUCGACUAUCAAUUUCAUUCUACCCAACUCAAUCACCCAACUCCAAGCAUUAAUCGACUCCUACAAUUCAAACUUGGUUGAUGAUUCCAAGACAAAUACAAUUAACUUGAAUUUUUUUUGCCAUGAAAUAGAGCAGCCGCCAAUGGAGUCGCAAAUUUUGAACUGGAAAAAAUUGUACCUUGAAGCAACAAAUCUUCCAAAGUCAGUCAUCGAUGAAAUUGAAUGCACCAAAAAUGGUAAUGUAUCAUUUCGCGAGUUUGAACAAGAUAGUGAAGCUCUCGAUAGGUUAAUGAGCUACCUAUUAAAGUAUCGUCCCAAGAUUAUCAGCUUCCAUUUUGGAAUUCCCCAGCGAUCAACGAUUGAUAAAUUGAAACAAUUGGGGAUUAUGGUUUUUAUCACUGCAACUUCAGUUGAGGAAGUAAAUCAAGUCAUUAAGGUUGGUGGUGAAGUUGAUGGGGUUGUGUUGCAAGGAUACGAAGCAGGUGGACAUCGAGGCAACUUUCUCACUGGAGUAGUUGAUGCAAAACUACCAACAUGGGAUUUGUUUCAGCUGGUGAAGAAGGAAUUAAAUCAACUGGAGACGCACAAUAAAUCAUCAUCAUCAUCAUCCUCAUCAACAGCCUCAGCAUCAGCAGAAGCAUCACGCUUACCACCGUAUCUUGUUGUUGCUGGUGGCAUCAUGAAUAGUAGUCAGGCUCAAAGGUUUUUAGAUGCUGGAGCCGAUGCAGUGCAACUCGGUACUGCUUUUCUAGGAACUGUAGAAUCCAACACUAGUGGAUUCUUUAGCAAAAUUUCGCAGGAUGGCCCAAGUACGGUUAUGACUGCCUUGAUUUCUGGUAAACCCGCACGUGCUGUUGUCACAGACUUUAUUGCGAGAAUUGAAGAAGAGAGGAAGCUGGAGAAGGCUACUAAAAGUGGAGCAAUUAAAAAUAAAGAUGGAAAUGGAGAUGGAGAUGGAGAUGUAAAUGUAAAUGUAAAUAUAGAUGUGAAUGGCGAGUUGCCUCCGUAUGGUUAUGCUUAUGCUGCAUAUAAGCAAUUAAAGGAUAUAGUUGGCAAAAAGCAACAGCAAAAUCCAAAGCAAAAGGAAACGUGUGGAAACGAGGCAAGCUUAGAUUUGGGUUUUUACUUGGCGGGGCUGGGUUAUAAACAGAUUGAGAAAGCUGUGGGAAAUGGUGAGAAAUUAACAACUCAGCAAGUUAUUGAUAAGCUUAUCUCCGAGUUGAAGUGA